CCAUCCAUCACCAACCCUCCGAUGAGUCCAAUAAUGCGCCAUCGAUAUCCUAUCCUACCCUUCCUCUUGGUCGCAACUCGCAACAAGGCCGCGCCCAAUCCAAUCUGCACUGCCAAAGGCCACAAGAGCACACCACUAGCGCUCGCGCGCGCGGGCGGGCCGUCUGGCUGGCAAUUAGUUCGCCUUGGCAGCUUCUUGGCUUCCCAGUUCCCAGUUCCCACCACCGCGCCGCGCGCGCGCACCUGCUGCCGAUCGCCUGAUCGAUCUAUUUCCCGGCGGGAGACGGCCGGACAGCGCGGCGAGGAGCAGAGGACGCGUGGAGGAGGAGGAGGAGGAGGAGGAGGAGGAGGACAGAGGUCCAAGGAAGGGAGGAGAGGGCUAGUAAUCAAUGGCGCCGCCGGACGAGGGUGCGGGUGCGGCAGCAGGCGGCGCGCGGCGCCGGUGGGUGCGGCGGGAGACGCUGCUGGGCCUCGCGCUGGGGCAGUUCGUCUCGCUACUCAUCACGGCCACCGGCUUCGCCUCCUCCGAGCUCGCCCGCCGAGGGAUCAACGCGCCGACAUCGCAGUCGCUCCUGAACUACAUCCUCCUAGCUGUGGCCUACGGCGGCGUUCUCCUCUACCGGCGGCAGCCCCUCACGAUAAAAUGGUACUACUACUUAAUUCUUGGAAUUAUCGAUGUGGAAGCUAAUUAUAUUGUUGUGAAGUCAUACCAGUACACAUCUUUGACAAGCGUGAUGCUGUUGGAUUGCUGGUCAAUUCCGUGCGUCAUUGUUCUUACUUGGGUAUUUCUGAAGACAAAGUAUGGGUUGAGGAAGUUCCUUGGCGUCGGAGUUUGUGUGGUUGGCCUUAUACUAGUUGUAUUUUCAGACGUCCAUGCCUCUGAUCGAGCUAAAGGACCUAAUCCAUUGAAGGGUGAUCUGUUUGUAAUUCUUGGUUCAAUGCUUUAUGCUUGCAGUAAUGUUACUGAGGAGUUUGUUAUCAAGAAAAGCAACAGAGUGGAGUUGAUGGCAAUGUUGGGACUUUUUGGAGCAAUUGUCAGUGGCAUACAAAUUAGUAUACUCGAGCGAAAAGAACUUCACUCGAUCACAUGGACUUCUGGUGCUGUGCUCCCUUUUGUUGGAUUCGCAGUAGCAAUGUUCCUGUUCUACUCAACUGUACCAAUAAUUUUAAAGAUAUGUGGCGCAACCAUGCUGAACCUCUCGCUCCUGACUUCAGACAUGUGGGCUGUUCUGAUCCGCAUCUUUGCUUACCAUGAGAAGGUCGAUUGGAUCUACUUCGUUGCUUUCGCCGCCACGGCGGGCGGCAUCGUCUUAUACUCAUACAAGGGCUCCAAUGAAGUGGAGGAGACGGCCCAGGUCGCCGGGGCCAGCGACGAGCAUGGCAAGGACAGGGACGAGGAGGCUGGAACGCGGAACCCAGUGUGAAGCUCUGGUGCCAGCAAUGGCUGCCAGACAUCCAGGAGGCUACUAGAUUAGCUGUGAUGAGUAGUUGCAUGGCUUGGAAGGCGAUCGAGCGCAUAUAGCACUAGGAUAAUAGGAAGAGCUUGGGAGUUCAGGCUUGGACUGCUUGAGAGCGGCAAUAUUUUCAGAGAAUUUGAUGAAGUGUAGCAGGACUUACUUGAGACUUGACGGAAAUAGUGAUAUUAUACUCCUAUUUACGUAAAAGAACAAUCGGUAAAACACCAAUGGUGAACCGUCAGAAGCUUAGGCUGAGACAUUGCCAAUU